UCGAUAGAAGAAAACGUGGCCGACAGUCUCCGGUGGUUGCAGCUGCCGCAGACACCGUCGCGUCGCCUCGUUCCCUCGAGCCACGUCGACAUUCACAAUCCCGUACCAACAAUUUUCCUGGAAUCGCCCUUCGACGCGUUCUUCCCUCGUUUCACCCCACGAGAUCAACGUUGAGGGUGGCCACGCUCGAAUACGCUUCAAUCCGCUUCAGGAUGCCGUGCGUACGGCAUCAUGACGCAGAAACGUUUGGCUAGGAUUCCCGUGAACAUGACGAGCUAUCCACGACCACGCGAUCCCGGGCACGAUGGAGUGGUAAGACGAGUAGGACCGGCGCGGAAGUGCAACGACGAUUCCGUAGCCGAAAACGUGCAUGCCCGUGUCAUCAAUGGACUAUAACCGUUCGUGCGAACGUAAACGAUCGUGGAACACGGCCGCGUGGUCGGGCCAUGACAUUGGACUUUCGUAGAAUCUGUUUACUCGCGUGGCUGCCUGUGACAGCGCCCAGUCAGCGGCCGAUCGCGAACGCCGUCGCAAAAAUCGUGCCACCAGGGAUCUCCGACCUUCGCGCCAACGCUCAUCAAUCACUAUCGACAUCUGGAGUUAACGAGUUACGUAGUUAGGGAAGCGGUUCCCAGUCAGUCAGUUUGUAACAAUCGCGUGAAUCAGAUACUACGACGUUCGGCGGUCGUGUUGCACGUGGAUCGAGCGAAGCUCGAAGGAAAAGUGUACGAUAUCGGCAGAUAUCGUUUAGUGAUUCGUAACUUCGCUUUGUAUAGUUUGAGAUUGAGGUACCAUUUUAUUAGCGAAUCGCUAUUAAAAUAGGUAUAAUCGUUGUGAUUCCCUUAAAUGAUUAUUCGUAUACGAUUUAAAGCCCAGACAUUCGCAAAGAGUCUAUGUGAAGUUCGAAGUGAAAUUCUGUCAGUGCAAAAAUUCCAAGAGAUACUCGCGCACGUAACAGUGGAGCAAUCAAUUGUCAGCAACGUGAGGCUCCAUCAACGUGGCUGCUUUCCAUCUCUACCCUCCCAUCGGAUCAUUUCCACCCCGUUGAACGAUCGACGUCGCGAUUCUCGAAGGACCGACAGUCUUGCAGUAGGUGGGUUGGCGCCACAGGGUUUGCCAAUCGAUUUCAGUCUCCUCUCGAGGAUGUUCCGCUUCGCGACGUAGCGUUUCGAGUUUUUACGUCGUAGUCACGUGCCAAGAAGCGUAGUGUGCCACGGUGGGGGGCCAGUCCGUGGGGCUGGUCGUCGAUCGUCACAUCGAAGGGGGACACAGUGAAGGGGAUUUUUCUCGGUACCUACCUCGACAUCGUUGUGGAAAAUCGAUCCGCCGUGGCAGCCACCCCCGUUGCAACCACCCGGCGCGGUGCAAUGACCUCCAAACCGGGAAGGUCCUACAGCAUGAGGUCCCCGCGAAUCGGAGGACCCCUCUCUCAGUCGUUAGCGAUGAUUCCGCCAACGAUGCACGGCCAUGAAUUCAAUCAACCUCUGUCGAGGGUGGUUAUGGUCCGUAAAACGGAUCAAAGGACCUUCAGUAAGGGUAGACGGGGUGGAGAACCUCUCCUGGAAACGGUUACCAGGGAAACCGUCGAGCUUUUCAACGGCGGUCGUGCUGAAAGGAAAUACACGUCCGAGACUAGAGACAUCGUUACGCCAAAGUCGAACAGUAUGCCCUCGCUCAGCGUUAACGGAACGAAAAAGAAGGUGGUCGGCUUUGUCGACCAGUUGUCGCCCGAAAGGUCGAGGACGGAUUCGGUGAGAUCGAAAUCUCCUUUGACAGCGUCGCCAGCGUCUCCAGGGCCACUGUCGAAUUCCUUGCACGGCAGUUUCCACGGUAGUUUAGGAAGCGACGGCAUGUCUUGCAGCAGUGCCAGGUCAUCGUCGGCCUCCCCCGACUCUGCAAGAUAUUCGUCGACACCGAUAUCAAAGACUGACACACGUAAACCAUCUGUGCGCAGAUUGGGGCCUCCUAAGGAAUUUAUCAACGUUUGCAUCGAGACGCACAAUUUGUAUCGCGCUAGGCAUGGAGUACCACCUCUUCGUCUCAACAAACAGUUAUGUAAAACAAGUCAGGACUGGGCCAAUAUACUGGCGGCUAGGGGUAGGUUAGAGCACAGGGCAAACAUAGAUUACGGUGAAAAUUUGUACUGUAUGUGGAGUUCCAACCCGAAGACUAUCGUAGGUGGCGAGGAGCCGGUAAACGAAUGGUAUGCGGAAGAGGCGCAACAUCAGUACGGAAAGGAGCCCACCACCCUAAAAACUGGCCACUUCACCCAAGUCGUGUGGAAGGACAGCACCGAGUUGGGCGUUGGAAUGGCCAGGAAUCGAAACGGCGAGGUUUACGUCGUUUGUAAUUACAAUCCAGCGGGAAAUUUCUUGGGCAGCUUCACGGAGAACGUUCUACCUCCAGGAAGUCCGAGUCCUACUAAAAAAAUCACCUUUUUAGAUCCUAAAUCACAUUACACGUUAGACGAACAAGCGUGGCAACAAGAGGCUCUAGUCGUUCACAACGAAUACAGAAGGAGACAUCGUGUCCCAGACAUGAGGUUAAGCGUAGAAUUAAUCGCUGCUGCCAAGGCGUGGGCGAACACGUUGCUGAACACGAACAAGCUGAUUCCCCAGUCGACUUCUCCGUACGGGGAGAAUAUCUACUCGAUGCAGUGUUCCGAUCCGAAGUUGAUUGUACCAGCACGAGAAGUUGUUUCCAAAUGGUAUUCCGAGAGGAAGGAUCACAAGUAUGGAACGGAACCAAAGGUCUUAAACACAUGUCAUUUCACACAGAUCGUUUGGAAAAAGACUGUCGAAAUGGGUAUAGCGAUGGCUAAAAGGGACGGAACCUGUGUGAUAGUGGCGUGUUACCAUCCGAGAGGUAAUAUCGUUGGUCAGUUCACGGAAAACGUGUUGAAGCCUGUGAAGAGCCACUAGGUUAGUUCGUUAGACGAAUCUGCCCACACUUGUCGAUACUGUAUUUAAGCGAUGUAUUUAUAAAAUCAUGAAUAGCGACAAUACACAUAAUAUAUGUAUAUAUAACAACACAGAUGUGCAUACACGUAGAAUAAAUGAAAACAUUCCACGUACUACACGAAAUCGAAACAUCUCGUCUGUUUUAUUAAUCGUCGGUAACAUAACAUGGCGUUAUGAUAUUGAAUCCUAAACGACGAUGACCACAAGAUGUGUAUGUACGCGUUUAAUCUUUGAAGAUCGGCUUCCGUUUUGAAAAAGCAGACUGUGACAUUGAUAUCACUUUUUUAAAAGGAAUAUUUCAAUUUCACUGUUAUAUAGGGGAAGAAGAUAUUAAUUUGGUAUGAUGAUAGUUUCUAGUUUUUUUUUUUUUUGACAUAAGUACUUUUAGUACUUUCAUUGCUAUUUUGAUAAGUAAAGGAAUAGAAAUUAUUUUUUGUUAAACAGCCGGUUGUCAAGGAACCGAAGAGUAACACGAUAGUGAUACGUAAUUUCUUACGGAUAAAUAGUAUUAAUAAAAAAGAAAUUGUCAGAGACUGAUCGUUCCUUCGCUGUUUACCUCAGAAACAUCACGAAGCGAGACAUACCUGUAAUUUUUCUGACAAUACAACUACGGAUAGAGUGUAGUAUCGAAUCGAAAGUAUCUUCAUUAUUUAAAAAACACGUAACCAUUAUGUAACACUUUCUUUUCACUUCGAACAAACAAAACAAAUUAUUCAAGAACUAUUAACUCAAACAUUUACAUCGAUUAAUAUAAAAUAGUUAGAUUACAAAUUACUAAACAUGUUUCAAGCACAUUCCUAAAAAGAAGAAAAUGAAACAGACAUUUGUAAUACAAGUUUUCACUCGAUCUACGUUACUCUAAGCGAUGAAAUGAAUGGAAUUGUACGUUCACGAAAUAAAAUGCGACGUAUCAGAAGGAAACGAUGUUACUGCUUUAUAAUAAUUUAUUUAUAAUAAAUUUACAUGCACGCAUCGCGUGACAAUGUGUCACGUGGUAUAUAUAUAUAUAUAUUUAUAUAGAUAUAGAUACAUUCUCUCUCUGUUUUUCUGUUCUUCUUAUUUUACAUUACAUACAGCCGUUCGUAGUUCCUUUCGUGGUCAAGGAUUAACUUUUUAAUUCGUAUGUUGUGGAAACGAGCUCGACGACACUGAAAACACCACGCCCUCGAGAUUCGUUCAUUUCAUGCUCCCUUUUCGAUCUUGUCUGAAAGGAAAAUAAUUUUUUCACCGAAAUUUUUAUGCUUUGCGAAUCGAUCAGAAAAGGGAACAUGUCCUUUCACGGCGCAUACCAUACGAUACAUCGAAUGGGAAUAGUUUCUUUAGUUUUUUCAACGAUUUUAUACAGUUCGGGAUUUGUUUUUCUAAUUAAUUGACAGAACGACAACUAUGCUAUAAAAUUUUAGGGUAUCUACGAAUGAAUUAACAAUCAAGACACGAUAGAAAUUAAUUAAAUACGAGAGAUAUGAUCUAUAUUAUGUUGCUUUUGCACUGAAUGUUCGAAAAUUUUGAAAUACAGGUGAAGUAAUGUUUUAAAAUGAUAAAAGAAAUUAAAGAUAUUGUUAUAAUUGUAACAUUGAAAGGAACCACUACUUUAAAUAUUUUGUUGAAUAUCUUCAUAAGAUACUUAUGAACAUAUCUUUCAUAAAACAUGAAUACUUCAACCUAUUUCAUCUUUAUAACAUACUCUAAAAAUACAAAUACUUGAAUAUUAUUCAGCACAGCACGAGAUUUUUUUUUUUUUAUAAUAAAACAUUAAUGUAAUUUUUCAUUCUUCAUUUGUUAUGAAAAAAUUCACUCUUCGUCGUUAUUUCAUAUUGCACGCGUAAAUGACAUUUUACAAUCAAAUUACACACAUAUUGUAUGUUCUUUCGAUGCUUAUGCUAUAUUAAACGACGUCAAAGAGAAAAUUUUUAUCGAAUUUUUCAAUUAAUAAUCUAACUUUUUCAUAGGAACAGAAGAUAUAUCAAAUUAUCACUUUUAAGAGAAACGAUGUCUUAAUGACAUUAAUUUCUUCAAUAUAUUCGAUUGCUUAAAGCAAUGAUUAAAAUUUUAUAUAAAAAUACGAGAAAACAGCUUAUAAUAAAUAUUUUCGUUCACGAUUUGAAAAUUAAAUUUGGACUUUAGAUUUAAAUCUUUACGGACUAAUUCUUCCCACUUAACUGGAAAAAUCAUUUUAUUCUCAACUUCAAAGAAUAAAAUUGUAAAAAGAAGCACGAUCAACGGUACAAUACUGUUUAAGCAACAAAAUUUGCUCGAAAUAAAAAUAGAACUAAUCGAUUUUGUAGAAAACCGAAAGAUACUCUGCUACGAGGAAUCUCGUUAAUAAUUUUACCGAACCUCGAGGUGAACGAUACAUUCAUGAAAAAAAAUUUCUUAUUACAGUAGAUUUGACAUUAUUCAUUAUGGACGCGUAAAAAAUUCACGCGUAAUUCUAUAAUACGCUCCACCGAACGUUAUCCGCACGUUUUGUCUUCGAGCUCUACGUACAAAUAAAGAAUACAAUUUCAACGCAAUAUCCAUGAAAAAUCAAUUUACCGUGAAUAAAUUACUUUCAAGUACGCUCUGUAUUUUUCACAUAAAACGAUGGAUUACUGGUCAAACCGCGCGCUGUGUAUCGAAAAAACGAGAAAAUGUAUAUCGUUUCGAUGUCGCAAGCUCGGCAGUUCGCUUUGUAAUUUAACUCUCAGAACCCUUAUGAUCGACUAGAAAUCGACAAGGAACUUGCGAAAGGGUUAUCGAUUCGAGGAUUCACGCGCCGAUAAAUCAAGAUUGUUCUUUGGUUUUUUUUUUUCCUAUGAAGACACGACGAUAAUUUUUUUUUCUGAUAUAUACUCGUCUGAAGUUUCUUAAUAUUACCGUAAUAUUAAUCUCCAUUGUUAAUAUAGCGAUAUAUCCGCGAAAUGUUCGUUCGCGUUCUCUCUUUACUUUAUUUUACGUUUACGCUACCGUUUACUUUAUUUCCCAAUUGAUCCUUCUCUCGUCUUUCUUCGUAUUUUUCUUUUGUUUUCAUUUUUUCAAAGUCGCUUGUUAAUAAAAAAUGUCACUUG